AUGACAAAAUCCAUGACGGUUAACAUGUUGACUGAAUUAAGUGAAAAAUUUGGCGCCAAAUCUCUGUUUGAUCGUGACGGUAAAAUUCAAAGAUUGUUAGAUCAAAUUGAAGAAUUUAAAAAAAUAAAAACGUUACCAGUUGAAGAUCCUAUUUCUUUACCUGUAAACAAUCCUGUAGAAUAUUCAACAAGUUGUACCUUGCUUACUCCUGAAAAAAAUGCUCUAACGCUAUUAGAUUCAGAAAGAAUGAGACUUUUAGAAUUACUAGCCGUUGUAAAUAGAAGAUUAGAUGAAUCUAGAAGGUUACAAAUGGAAGCCGAAUCACAAUUGAAAAAAGAAAAAUUUAGAAGUGCUAAAUUGGAAAUGAAAAUAGCCAGAUUAGAAUUAGAAAGAGUUGGAGUUUUAAAAACAGGACGUGGAAGUUAUGCUCAACACAAUAACAAAUAUGGAGAUUUUUCACAAACAGAUCCUGACGAAGUGACUCGUCAGCACAUAGAAUAUUUGGAAGAAGAAUGUUUAGCAUUGAAAACAAGAAUAGAAACAUUACAAAUGGAAAAAGAAGAUGAUUUGAAAGUUUUUGCAGCUAUAACAGACAUGAGACAUGCAUAUGUUAAAAAAACAAAUAAUUGUUCAGUUGCUAAAGUUAAUUCACCCAAAGAUGUAAAAAGUACAAAUAAAAUAUUAGAUAAAAGGAGAAAAAAAAGUCAAACAAAAGUAAAAAAAGAAAAUACAAAUAAUAUAUCGUCAAAAUUUUCAUCUGAAGAAUCUAUUGCACAAUAA